CAGGCCCUACUCGGGGCCAUAUAAGUCCGGGGUAUCUCAGCUUCGCUUCCUAUCCCUACUGGCCCACCGGACAGCCCCGUUGGAGUCUGCGGCAGGGAGGAGCAUUGGAGCAUAAAGGAAGAAGAUAUGAAUUGUGACAAGGUCCACUUUUUCACAGACAACCAGAGUGUCUCCCUGCAGCCCGGAGGGCUGGACUCUGCGGCAGGGGCUCCUGCAGCCCCCAGGAGGCCAAGGCUUGUUCAGACCACCCUGGCGGUUAUGGCUGUGACUGUUGCCUCCUUGCUGGUGGUUCUCUUUGUUAUGGUUCUACAGAAGCCAAGACUUCCUUUGGAGCCAUAUGCCUCUUUCCAAGAGUUUUCCGCCUUGAUUGCCGGAGAGGACAACACGACCAGCCAGUUACCUGUGGAACCCUACAAUUCCCACCACUCUGGCAGGGUGGCAGAGUGGCAAGAGACUAUCCAGAUGUUUAAAAGCCACGUGGAGAAUUCCAGCACCUGGAGCAUGGAGAUGCAGACGUUGACUUGUAGAGUGGACAAUGUCAGUUCUCAGAUCCAGGUGCUCGGUGGUCAUCUGGAAAAUGCCAGUGCUGACAUCCAGAUGGUAAAAGGAGUUCUACAGGUUGCCAAUACCUUGACUUUCCAGACCCAGAUGUUAAGGAGUUCCGUGGAAGGUGCCAGUGCUGAGAUCCGGAAGCUAAAAGGAGAUCUGGAAAAGGCAAAUGCUUUAAAUUCCCAGACCUACAGUUUCUUAAAAAGCAGUUUAGAAAAUGCCAGCAUUGAUCUCCACAUGUUGAAUGGAGGCUUAGAAAAUGCCAACACUGAAAUUCAGAUAUUGAAGGCAGGGUUGGAAAUGGCAAAUGCCCAGGCCCAGCUGGCAAACAGUAGCUUAAAGAAUGCUAAUGCUCAGAUCCAUGUUUUGAGAGGCCAAUUGGAUAGUGUCCAUGAUUUAAGGGCCCAAAAUCAGGUUUUAAGAAGCAGUUUGGAAGGAGCCAAUGCUGAGAUCCAGAGGGUAAAGGGAAGCCUGCAAAAUGCAAAUGCUUUAAACUCCCAGACCCAGACUUUUCUGAAAGGCCAUUUAGACAAUGCCAGCUCUGAAAUCCAGUUAUUAAGAGAUCAUUUCAAAAGGGCAGGUGAUGAGAUUCACUUGUUAAAAAGAGAUUUAGAGACUGUCACUGCCCAGACCCAAGAAGCAAGCCACCAUCUGGAGCAGACAGAUGCUCAGAUCCAGUUAUUAAAAACAGAGCUAGAAAAUUCCAAUGCCUUAGAUUCCAAGAUUCAGGUGUUAAAUGGUUAUUUGAAAAAUGCCAGCAGAGAGAUACAGACCCUAAAACAAGGAAUGAAGUCUGCUUCAGCCUUAGAUUCCAAGACCCAGAUGUUAGAGAGCAAUCUGCAGAAGGCCAGUGCUGAGAUCCAGAGGUUAAAAGGGGAUCUACAGGACACCAAAACACUAACUACGAGAAUCCAGGAGGAGCAGAGUCGCCUGGAGACACUCCGUGUGGCCUUUGGUUCCCAGGAGCAGCUACAGAGGACACAAAAUCAACUUCUUCAGCUGAUCCUGCAAGGCUGGAAUGCCUACAGCGGGAGCUUAUAUUACUUUUCUCAUGUCAAGAAGUCUUGGCAUGAGGCUGAGCAGUUCUGUGUGUCCCAGGGAGCCCACCUGGCUUCAGUGACUUCUGAGGAGGAGCAGGAAUUUCUGGUAAAGUUCACGAGUACCUCUCACCACUGGAUUGGCCUCACUGACAGGGGCAAGGAGGGCUUCUGGCGCUGGGUGGACGGGACACCAUUCAAUGCUUUCCGGAGCAGAGUGUUUUGGGGCACAAAUCAGCCAGACAACUGGCGGCACCAGGAUGGGCAGACAGAAGACUGUGUCCAUAUUGAGCAGAAGUGGAAUGACAUGCACUGUGAUACCCCCUAUCACUGGGUCUGUAAGAAGCCCAUCAACCAGCAUGUGGCCUGAGACAGGCCAGAUCUGAAACGUGGCCGCUGCUGCCAGCUCUGGACCCACCCUACCACCCCUCCCCCGCCGACCUGAUGCCUUGUGAACCUCUGAACCCAGCUUGUUCUCUGGGGCUUUCCAUUUGGCCUUUUGUGUUUCCUGCUCUGUCCUUUCAUGUAACCCUUCAAACAUAUUUACCCCACAUGACCCAAUGGGAUCAAGGGCUCUUCAGGACCAGAGGCUUGUUGUGCCUCUGUAUCCCCCUCAGCAACCGGCACAGGCCUGUCAGACAGCGGGUCCUCAAUAAAUACUGAACCCACAAAAGCGUUGUGCUUGUCUCUGUGACGGCCACCACCCUUUGUUCUCCCUGGAUUGGUCUCCUUCCUCAAUGUCCCUUCUGUCAUAUCAAGCAUAAUAAGCAUAUCUUUGUUUAAGGGCUUUAUAGCUAUGAAUGUUUAGUUAGUUCCUUGAAAAACAGCAGAAGUUUAACACAAACCACAGGGACAUCUUACAGGGGUACGAAUUCACAAGAAGUAAUAGUCAUUCCAGGUGUUCCUGCAUUUCCUUUGUUGCAGAUGGGGCUGGAGCUGGAUUUUUCCAGGCCUUUAAAACACUCCAAAAACUUCUUUCUGUCCUGUGGCUGGCCUCUUCUCAUUUCCCGACUGUUCCUCUUGAUGUCAUAUCUCUGGCUUUGGCCUCUUCUCGUGGCCCCACUCCCCUUCCAGGGACUGGGAUCUCUGCCAGCUCAAUUUAGAAUGAGAAUUUCUAGAGCAGCUCUUUGCCCGGCCUUGUGGAGUCCCGUCCUAUGCAUUCAGGCACAGGGAGCCCAAUGUAGGUUUCUGUGGCUCUUCCUCUGUACAACUGCCUCUCCUUCAUGCUCCUCCCCAAAUCCUAGCACUCUCAGUCUCCCCCAACUCCCAUCUUCCUCUCUCCAUACUUAGUGCAACUGUCAUUCCCUGUGCGGGCGGGACCCUCCUCCCUGCACUGGGGUCUGGCAGGAGCCUCCAGGAAGAAUCCUAGGGGGCUGGUGGGUUCAGCCUGUCUGCUUCCCUAGCCAGGAACUUGGGUUGCAAUUGUCCAAUGUCUGAAAACAAUUGUUCAUCAAUUGUUUCAUGAGUUUUGUCCAGUUUCCCAGUUGCUGACAGCAAAAGGACUGGUCCAGCUACUCCAUUAGGACCAGAAAUGGAAAUCUAUUCUACCUGGUAUGAUACCUUUGGCUGAGUAGGACUUUAAUCUGUUCGUAUUCAUAUUUUCCUUUUGGCUUUUCUUUUGGCCUUUUCUUUUAUGGCUUCUUAGCUUUUUAUCUAUCUUAGAAACUUCUCCUCUAUCACAGGCUUG